AAACCCUGCGUACACACACCAAACACAAGGACCACGCACGCUUUACGUUUCUUGGUAGCUGAGAUGCUCCUCCUGUAUGUCCGUCUGUCACUCCCAGGAGCUCCUCCCAUAGUCUCAUCCCAUCCCAUGGACGGACGCAACAAUCGCAAUGCAUUGCAUUGUAUUGCAUUGCAUAUCUAGACCCUAGCUUAGCAGCCAACAAAGAACCAUUCAGGAAGGAGCCGAGUAGGAGAGACCAGUACACCAUCGUUAUUCGAUUCUCACUAGAUAGCUUGCUCUAGUUGCCCUUUAUCGCGCUCCAAACCCAAACCCAACCAACCUAGCUAGCUCUCCAAGACUGUCGUCGCCCUUGCUUAAAAGAUCACUGGUUUUGCAGCGCAGCUGACUUCGUUGUUAGUGAGAUUUAGCUAGCUAGGGGAUCAGCUAGCUACAUGCCAUGGAGAGGUGACGACGUGUUGAUCAAUGAUGUCUGAGUAGAAGCUGCAGUAGUUCUUGAUCGACUUCUUCAGGGUUCAGACAGACAGGUGCACCUAGUAUAGACAUGUAUCCACAGAUGGUAUAUCAUGCAGAUGUGCGGGCGAGGGAGAAGGAGUUGGCGGCGGCGGCGGAGAGGGGGAUGGGCUGCUCCUCCUGCGCUCCCUUUGGCAGGAUGAUAUCGAGAUUUAUCAUGAAGUGCAACGUAGGAAGAGAAGGGCGCGUGAGGUACGACGAGAGGAUGGGAAUGGACUACGCCAUGGCGUACGCUCCCGCGCAGACAUGCUACGUGCGCCCAACAGCUGCGCGCACCGUCACCUUGGCCACCACCACCGGCACCAACGCCGCCCGCGCCCACGCCGACCAUCCGGAUGCACAUCCACCGCGAGCGCACGCAACGACGACGACGACGACCCUGCCGCCGGGCACGCCGUCUUUUGCACCGGCGGGCGCCCCUGCCCAGCAACGCGCCGGCCCCGGCAUGCCACCACGCAAGCCCAAGAAGAAGAAGAAGAAGAAGCAGGUCCGGUUCACGCCUUCAGGGGCGCCGGUGCCGCCGCACGACAACGCCACGGCGGCAAGCGGAGGCAGUGCGGCCAGCGCCACCUACCACCACGGCCCACCGGCGGCCGAUCCGUCGUACUCCCCGGCGCCACCGGCACACGGCGGCCACCACGGAUACGCUUACGGGUACGGCCGGUACGCGCCGUCGCCGCUGCCGCGGUGGGAGAUGCUGGGGACGCCGAGGCGGCCAGAGUACUUCUCCAGCGAGUACAGGUGGUACUACCCGACGCCGGUGCGCGAGGGCAUCUACAGCAUCGCCACCGACGCCAACGGCCGCCUCACCACCAUCUUCAGCGAGGAGAACCCCAACGCCUGCACCAUCGUCUGAACUCUCAACAUUUGGUCACUGUACUUUGUCAGAGAUUAUCAUCAGAACAGAAUAAAAAAAUGAUCUUUCCUUUUUGGUAACUUAUUAUUUCUUUGGACGAAUAUAAUUGAAAGUCGUAGUUAAUUAGGUGAAGGAAUAUGGUUCUUGUAGACUCGUGUAAAUAUGUAAGCCACUAAAGUUGGCGAAAUGGAUUAGUUCGAAUGUCUGAUGCUUCGGCUUUAGCUAUAUAUAUCAUCUUAAUUUGAA